AUGGCAAAUACGAUUGUUGUUGUCUGCGCGAACCCAAAGACUGUACGAGAUAUUCUUUUGGCUGCAGAAGAACUGAAUAUGGUAGAUAGUGGAGAAUAUGUUUUCUUCAAUAUAGAACUCUUCAAUAGAAUGCACGGCAUGGGCAGCUCACCCACAAAGUUACGGCGAUUAGAGUAUCAACGACAUACUUCUCUCUUUUGA